ACAGAAACACACCAACUUCUCCGUGAGUCCGCGAACUGAAAACGGGAUUCGGCGAAUCUUCGGUGCCGGUUAGAGUUGCAGUUAUCACGAUGGACGAGUCGCACCGUGACGGGGACGUGACGGAGGUUUCCAGCAAGCUGGAGAAGUCUCUGACCAUCGACACAGACGACAGGAAGGAAAAGUACCACAGACUCAUUCAGGACGGUAAAGAUGUGGCCAGACAAGGCGACAUGCACAAAGCGCUGGAGUUCUUCAGACUGGCGUACAACAUCCACCAGAGUCAGAAACUGGAAAACAGGAUCAAGAAGAUCGAGGAGCUGAUUGCUCAAAAUGACUCUGAGGAAGAGGACGAAGAGUUUGUCGACGUAAACAGCAGCGGUUUGAUGCUUUUUAAAGAGCUGCACGACAAACUGUACGACUACCAGCGGGAGGGCGUGGCCUUCCUGUACAGCCUCCACAGAGACGGACGAAAAGGCGGCAUCCUGGCUGACGACAUGGGCCUCGGAAAAACCAUCCAGGUGAUAUCGUUCCUCUCUGGGAUGUACGACAACGAGCUGGCUAAACACACGCUGCUGGUCAUGCCGACGUCCCUCAUCACAAACUGGACCAAGGAGUUUGCCAAAUGGACUCCUGGCAUGAGGGUCAAGGAGUUUCACGGCGUCAGCAAAGGGGAGAGAACCAGGAACUUGGAGAAGGUCCAGAGGAGGAGCGGCGUCCUCAUCACCACCUACACGAUGCUCAUGAACAACUGGCAGCAGGUGUCGUCGUACCACGGCAGAGAGUUCACCUGGGACUACAUGAUCCUGGACGAGGCCCACAAGAUUAAAAACAGUGGCACCAAAACAGCCAAGAGUGUCUACGCCAUCCCGUCCAAAAACAGAGUUCUGCUCACAGGAACUCCGGUCCAGAAUAACCUGAGAGAAAUGUGGGCUCUCUUUGACUUCGCCUGCCAGGGAACUCUCCUCGGCACCGCUAAAACCUUCAAAACAGAGUAUGAGAACCCCAUCACCCGGGCCAGGGAGAAGGAUGCCACUCCAGGAGAAAAGGUCCUUGGGAUGCGGAUGUCUGAGACCCUCAUGGCCAUAAUUAAACCCUACUUCCUCCGCAGGACCAAAUCAGAAGUGCAGAAAAACAAAACAAACAGAACAAAUUCUUGCAAAGAGCAACACUCGGACAACAGCGAAGUCCCAAAUGUUCAGGUGGACUCUGGAGCCGUGAUGCCCAAACUGACGAGGAAGAACGACCUGAUCGUGUGGACGUACCUGAGUUCUGUUCAGGAGGACAUCUACAGACAGUUCAUCUCCCUGGACCACAUCAAGGAGCUGCUGCUCACCACCAGAUCUCCUCUGGCUGAGCUGACCAUGAUGAAGAAGCUGUGCGACCAUCCGAGGCUGCUCUCCGCUGCAGCCGUCGCCAAGUUAGGUUUGGAGGAAAAUGGAGCUGAGAGCCAGCAGGGCGACGACGCCGACACCGACGCCCACAGCAUCGCCAACGUCCCCGACGACACCUUAAUAUCAGAGUCUGGGAAGCUCGUCUUUCUGUUCACACUUCUUGAAAGGCUUAGAGAAGAAGGUCAUCGCACGCUCAUCUUCGCUCACUACAGGAAGGUGCUCGACAUCAUCGAACGUAUCCUCGGAAACAGAGGCUUCAAAGUGCUGAGGCUGGACGGUACGAUAACGCAGAUCGCAGAGAGAGAGCGCCGCAUCUCUUUGUUCCAGAAAGACGACAGUUACUCCGUCUUCCUCCUGACCACGCAGGUCGGUGGAGUCGGCAUAACGCUGACGGCAGCCAACAGGGUGGUCAUAUACGAUCCCAGCUGGAACCCGGCGACGGACGCCCAGGCGGUGGACCGGGCGUACCGCAUCGGACAGACUGAAAACGUCGUCAUCUACCGGCUCAUCACCUGCGGUACUGUGGAGGAGAAGAUCUACCGGCGGCAGGUUUUCAAAGACUCCCUCAUCAGGCAGAACACCGGCGACAAGAAGAACCCGUUUCGGUACUUCAGCAAACAGGAGCUGAAGGAGCUCUUCACACUGGAAGAGACCCGGUCGUCGUCCACGCAGCUGCAGCUUCAGGCGCUUCAUUCCCGACACCGGCGGACCGACCGCGAGCUGGACGAGCACAUCGCCCACCUCCAUGCCAUGGAGAUGUUUGGCAUCUCUGACCACGACCUCAUGUUCUCCCUCGACGUCCACCACGAUGAGGCGCCCGAGAACCAAGAGGAGCACCACUACAUCGAGGGGCGGGUCCAGAAGGCCCAGGAGCUGAUGAAGGCCGAGUCGGAGCUGCAGAUGCAGCUGGCAGAAAGCAUGGCGUCGAGCACAGAACCAGCCUGGCUCAGACAACCAGGGGACAGCAGAGGGUCACAUGAGCGCAAACCAAGAAGUCCAAAAAAGAGUCCUGCAUAUCCACAGCAGGACCACAAGUUGAACGGGUCAGCGGUUGUGGUGGAUUUGGACCAAGACAGCCAACAGAACCUGAGUGACCGAGUCAUUGAUCUGACUGCAGAUGAAAGUGCAGCAGAAGUUGUAGAUGUCAGCCAGGAGGAAGUUCAGCCUCCAGUCAAACAGGAGAGGAGUCACCUGGAGGCAGCAGAGGAGGUGAUGGAGGUGCCGUCCACUGAAGCUGCAGCAGCUGAAGAUCCAGAAGCUUCUGUUGGAGACCUGAUGGAGAAAUCUGUGAUGUCUGAGGCAGCAGGUGGCGGCAGCUUCCUGCAUGCUGAUGAUGAAGAUAAACAGCAGCUAAACGGAGCUUCACCCUCAAACUCCGACUCUGAGAUGGACUUCGGUCAUCAUCAUGUCUCACCGCUGCAAAACAAAAGACUUUCUAUCCUGCAAGCUUCCAACUCCAGCUUCAAAGGAGACGCAUCAUCCAGAGUCAGCACCGGCCUCGAGUCCCUAAACGGGAACUUCCAGUUACAGCUGGACGACAGCGACAUGUUCUCGGAUCACGAUGACCCGGAUCACGAUGACCCGGACACCGAAGCCCAACAGCGGCGGCUGCUGUCUCAGCUGCAGAUGGAGGGAAGCUUCGACGUCAAUAAAUCUCUGUGUGAGCGGCAGCAGAGAGAAGCUUCCAGGCAGAGCGUGAACAUCAGCCACACCGCCAGCGUGGACGAGUCGGUGGAUGAGUCAAUCAUGACGACCAGGAAGAAGAGAGCAGCAGUGAUUUAUGACAGCGAGGAAGAAGACGAUGAUGAAGGGCAGCAGCUGAUGAAGAGCCAGCUCGAGAACUCUUUCCAGGCGCUCGGCGCUUCAACACCGAAAUCUGGUUCCACCCCGAAGUCUGGUCUUACCCCUCUGAGGUCCAGAAGGAGCGUCGGAGGAAACACCUCUGUGGCGUCACGUCGGUCGCUGCUACAGUCCAUCAUCGAAGACGUGGACAACCAGGAGGAGGAUGAAGCCGAUGAUGAUGAUGAUGAUGAUGAUGAACGUUCUGAUGAAGCCGACGAGGACAUCGCUGGUUCCAGUGGUGACGAGCUUCGGCUGGAGGAGACCGAAGGGGAGACUCUGAAGUCAGAGGAUGAAGAGGAGGAGGAUGAUGAGGGGGAGGAGGAGGAUGAAGAGGAGGAUGAUGAGGGGGAGGAGGAGGAUGAAGAGGAGGAGGAGGAUGUGGAGGACCAGUAUCGGUCUGCAGCGAUGAGCCUGAGCCUGGAGGAAUCGAGCGAGGAGCCUGAGCUGGCUUCCUCUGAGAGGAUGGACCGCUGCACCGUGGAGACCAACGGGACGAAGGACGUCGCCGACGCUGACAGCUACGACUCUCUGGUGAGCCGAGGGAAGGAAUGUUUCAGCAGAGCUCAGCUGGACGAAGCUCUCGGCUUCUUCCUCAAAGCCAUUGACAUCCAGCCUGGAGACCCUGAAGUCCAGCUGAUGACCAUCCAGCUGUACCGGCAGCUGAGCCAGAGGAGGUAACGGCGGUCUGAGACGGGAACAUCCAGAGUCCAGCAUCCGGCUGGAGGCCGUCAGAGACCAUCAGAGCUGCUCAGGACCAGAUUUAAUCUGUAGAAACAUCUCACUGAUGCAGAGCUUCAGUUUCAUCUGCAGCUCUGAGACUGAACAAAAGAUCAUCAGGAUGUGAGAACAAGUUGUGCUCUGAAAACGUUCUAACAUAAAAUACGGAUGUUUAUGAAGAUGUUUGAUGUUUUAACUUGAUCUGUGCGUUGCUAUUAGAGAUCACUGAAAGGUUUCAGAUAACAGAUGUUUGAGCAGAAGGACGCUGAUGGUUGGAGACGGAGUAACAGCAGGUGGAGCCACUUCUGGGUUUUGGGGUUUUUCAUAUAUGUGGUCCAGAACUAAAGUAGAACCAAGUUUAAAAAGUGGAGCUGAAGUUUGCUGCAACAGUUCUGAACAACACAUUUUCAACUUUAAGCUCUUCUGGUUUACAGAAACCUCCACGAGGAGGCUUCAGACACGGAGGUUGGUUCUGGUUCUGUUUUAUUCUGUCUAAGCCUUCACUCACUGUCGGGUUUUACGCUGCAGUUACAGGUUCUGAUGCUGGUUAAUACGCGGACAGCGGUUUGGACUCUAGCGUGUCUGGUAGACGUGGGCGAUGUGGAUCAGGAUGGGUGUCUUUGGGUUCUGUCUGUUGCUGUGCUGCGGCCGGUUCUCCUUCUGUUCGGAUCGUACGUCGUGUUGGUCAGUCGCUGAUCUUUGCUGUGAUUUAAAUGAACAAAUAUUAAAUGAGAGUUAAAUGUGACUCGUCCACCAAACACAUGAUCAGCACGUCCAGAACAGAACCCACAGCGACGCUCACGGCUUGUUUUCAGGCCGUGAUCUGGAGGACGAAGCUUCAUUCUUUCAUUUAAAUUAAUAAAUAAUCUCACUGGACGUCCAUCCACAGCUGGUCCGAUGUUAGAAUCUGGACCAGAGUUCUGGCUCGUGGUUCUGCUGCUCCGUUUGUCCUUCAGCUCGUCCUCAGACGGAACAAACGGAUUCAUCCAGUAAAGCUUUAACCUGCAGGUUCACCACAGUCACUGAUUCUUUACACAGAACACGUCUGAUGGUCUCACUGAGCAGAACCAGGCCGUGUGUUUGUGGUUCUGACCAGAAGCUGCUUCCUCCUCUGUGACAUCAGUAAAGAUGUUCUUUUUCCUAACCUGCACUCGCCACCGUCGUCUCAGUGGAGGUGUUCAGAGUCCAGCGUUCUGUUGGGUUCAGUCGUUGGUUCUACAUGCUGACAGAUAUCAGCGAGGGUGAGAAACGGAAAACAUCUCAAACAUCCGUCAAAUAAUAUGAUAAUAAUAAUAAUAUAAUCACAGCUGUGGCCUGUUUGUCUGCAGCUGAAAUCAGCACUUUUGUUUCUGAGAUUUAUCUGAAUUUCAACAAAACACUGAGAAUCUGUAGCGUAGCAGUAAACUUUAUAAAGCUUCAUUCUGCAGGUCUGAAUGAGUUCACUGAUGAACAGCAGCUGCUUCCUCCUGUUCUGCUGCUGUCCAGUUCCAUCAAUCAAUCAAUCAAUCAAUCAAUCAAUCAAUCACCAGAAUCAGUCACUACAGCCUUCAUAUUAUUAGAAAUGUUCAUCUUUUUUAUUAGUUGAAUAAUCACCAUGACUUUGCUGCCCGUCAUGUGAUCCCUGUGUGACCCUGAGUGUGUUUAAAUAAACACCAGUAUAACCAUCAUGUCGUCUUUACGCCUUUGAACUGGUUUUAAAAGUCACCUCUUGUUUUUAACUGUCUGGACGAUGAGACGGAACUCCAUCCAGCCAAUCAGGGAUCACCGUCACGUCUUCGCUCCCGUUGGCUGAGGAGUGUUCGGCUCCCGUCGGGCAGUUCCGGUGAAGGUCGAACUGCUCAUCCCUUCAGAAUAAAGUUGUGAUGACGCGGAGGAGCGCUCGGUUUGUGUCACCUCGCGGCGCGGUGGGGUGCGCCUGCGCAGUUUAAACUCGGUUUAGAUUUGGUCACGUGAUCACAGAUUACAACUCACGACUUCUCGUUGAAGUCCCCUGACUUCAAAAUAAAAGCCUGGAUACGUUUUUAA